AUGGCUUAUACCCACUUCCAUCUUCAAUUUUUUGCUGAGUAUGAUCCUGCAAUCAUUGACAUAUCUGGUGCUCAAAUGAUUCUAGUUUUAAAGUUGUCAGCAUUUGGGUGGAGUGUGCAUGAUGGAAAGCAACCGAUCGACUCAUUGAGCAGUUACAAUAGAUCAAGAGCUAUCCAUGAGCAUCCCAAUUUGUUGCCCUUUAUAGGCUACACUUUCUUUUAUGCAUCGCUAUUAACUGGACCUGCCUUUGAUUAUGCGGAUUACGAUAACUUUAUUCACUCCACUUUGUUUGAUGAUGUCCCAGAAGAUAAGAGGCCUGGUAAGAAAAGAAAAAGAAGGAUUCCCAAAAGUGGAAAACAGGCGUUCAAAAAGUUAUUGCAAGGGGUAUUUUGGGCAAUUCUUUUGUUUCAAGUUCCAAAAUUGGUCAAUACUGAGUUCGUUUUCUCUAAGGAGUUUGUCACUAACCACAAAUUUCUCUACAGAAUAUUUUACAUGUGGCUCUUGGGAUUUUUAUACAGACUUAAGUACUAUACGAUUUGGUUGAUUGCUGAAGGGGCGUGUAUCUUGUGCGGCAUUGGGUAUAAUGGAUACGAUGCGGAAACACAUGAAUUUAAAUGGAACCGAGUGCAAAAUGUUGAUCCCGUUGCUUUUGAGUUGGGUCAAAACGUGCACACAUGUUUAGAGGCGUGGAACCAAAACACCAACAAGUGGUUAAAGCAUUAUAUAUACUUAAGGGUUGCCAAAAAGGGGAAAAAGCCAGGGUUUAAAAGCACUGUUUUUACCUUUGCUACAAGUGCCUUUUGGCACGGCACUAGACCGGGCUAUUACUUGACAUUCGUGGUUGGUGCUUUCUUACAAACAGUUGGUAAAUUAUACAGAAGGAAUAUCAGACCACGUUUUUUGCAAGACGAUGGCGUUACCCCUAAACCAACAAAAAGGAUUUACGACUUUGUAUCGUGGGUUUCAACACAACUUGCGUUUGGAUUUGUGGUUCAGCCGUUUGUCAUUCUCGACUUUAAAAAGUCCUUGUUAUGUUGGCAAACAGUGCAUUAUUGGUUGUUGGUCGUCAUAGCCGGGACGUUCUUCAUCUACCGGGGCCCUUUUGCAAAGUAUUUCACUAUAAAAAGACUGGAGACUAAAUUAAAGAGUACCGCGCAAGUCAAACCACUGACUUUAAACCCUAAUUUGACAAAAGAAGAGAACAAUCUAGUGACCAAUGCUGUGGAAAAUAAGUUAGAGAAGAGUUACCAUAUGCCAACCUUGGGUGUUCCAUCACUCGAUCAUCUUCAGAACCUAGACAAGGAUGAAAUUGAUGAGGAGUUGCAAGAUUUGAAACACGCAUGGAACUCGUUCAAAAGUCGAAACUUUCUUGCAGACGAUGAUUUCGAUGGGUUGAAAGAUGCGUACUCCAACUUUACCAAAGAAAUCAACGAGAUGUUUGAUCACACGAGGGAAGAGUUUUCCAAACAGAAGGACAAGAUGGAGAAAACGAAUUGA